UGAAAACAUAAACCUGCUGAAAAACAUAAAACCCUAAACCCUAGAAGCUGUUCUUCUAGAGCCUUCCCUUCUCUUCCCUUGAAAAGCAACCAGGCACAGCGCUUCUGUUCCCUCCACACCAGUGUCUGCAACUUCUUCAUUGACUGUUACCAAUCCAACAUCAUCAUCAUCAUGUAUCGCUUUGCCACUUCCCUUGCCUCCAAAGCUCGGAUUGCUAGGAACACCAGUCAACAGAUUGGAAGUAGGGCGGCGUGGAGCAGGAAUUAUGCGGCCAAAGACAUUAAAUUUGGUGUGGAGGCUCGGGCUCUGAUGCUGAAGGGUGUUGAAGAGCUUGCUGAUGCAGUCAAAGUAACCAUGGGCCCUAAGGGCCGCAAUGUGGUGAUUGAGCAAAGUUAUGGUGCCCCUAAAGUGACAAAAGAUGGAGUAACUGUUGCCAAGAGCAUUGAAUUCAAGGAUAGAGUCAAGAAUGUAGGUGCCAGUCUUGUAAAGCAGGUUGCAAAUGCCACCAAUGAUGUGGCUGGUGAUGGAACCACAUGUGCUACUGUCCUUACUCGAGCAAUAUUUGCGGAAGGUUGCAAAUCAGUUGCAGCUGGUAUGAAUGCAAUGGACCUGAGGCGAGGUAUUAAUAUGGCUGUUGAUUCUGUGGUCACAAACCUGAAGAGCAGAGCACGAAUGAUUAGCACUUCUGAAGAAAUAGCUCAGGUUGGGACAAUAUCUGCUAAUGGGGAGAGAGAGAUUGGUGAAUUAAUUGCAAAAGCUAUGGAGAAAGUUGGCAAAGAAGGUGUAAUCACGAUUGCAGAUGGCAAGACAUUGGAAAAUGAGUUGGAAGUUGUUGAAGGCAUGAAGCUUGACAGGGGCUACAUUUCUCCAUAUUUCAUAACUAACCAGAAGAACCAGAAAUGUGAACUUGAAGAUCCUCUCAUUAUAAUCCAUGAGAAGAAAAUCUCGAGUAUAAAUGCCAUAGUUAAAGUACUAGAGUUAGCAUUGAAGAAACAAAGACCUUUAUUGAUUGUGGCAGAGGAUGUGGAAAGUGAUGCCCUUGCAACUCUUAUUCUAAAUAAGCUUCGUGCUGGAAUCAAGGUAUGUGCCAUCAAAGCCCCUGGUUUUGGUGAAAAUCGAAAAUCUGGUCUCCAGGAUCUUGCCGUUCUUACCGGAGCUCAGCUUAUCACUGAAGAGCUUGGCAUGAAUCUUGAAAAAGUGGAUCUGGAGAUGCUUGGCUCUUGCAAAAAGGUCACUAUUUCCAAAGACGACACUGUCAUUCUUAAUGGAGCUGGUGAUAAGAAAUCACUUGAGGAAAGAUCUGAGCAGAUUAGGUCUGCAAUUGAAAAUAGCACUUCAGAUUAUGACAAGGAAAAGUUACAAGAAAGAUUAGCCAAGCUUUCUGGGGGUGUUGCAGUGCUUAAGAUCGGAGGAGCCAGUGAGGCUGAAGUUAGUGAGAAGAAGGAUAGAGUGACAGAUGCCUUAAAUGCAACUAAGGCAGCUGUAGAGGAGGGCAUAUUACCUGGUGGUGGUGUUGCUCUUCUGUAUGCAUCUAAUGAGUUGAGUAAGCUUCAAACUGCCAACUUUGAUCAAAAGAUAGGUGUCCAGAUUAUCCAAAAUGCUUUGAAGACACCUGUGCACACAAUUGCCGCAAAUGCUGGAGUUGAGGGGGCUGUUGUCGUCGGUAAAUUAUUGGAACAAAAUAAUCCUGAUCUUGGGUAUGAUGCCGCCAAAGGUGAAUAUGUUGAUAUGGUUAAAUCUGGAAUAAUUGAUCCAUUGAAGGUGAUUAGGACCGCACUUGUUGAUGCAGCCAGUGUGUCUUCUUUGAUGACAACAACUGAAGCAAUUGUGACCGAAUUUCCAAAGGAAGAUAAAGAUGCUCCUGCUAUGGGUGGUGGCAUGGGUGGCAUGGAUUAUUAGAGGCUAUUUUCCCUAGUGAUUUUUUCUUCCAAUGAGAAUUAGGUGCUCAAACUUGCAAUUCAUUGGGGACACGCUCGGAUUUAAAAAUUAACCCAAUCAAUAUUUAAGGUUGAGUGAAAGUCAAGUAUAAUUCCUGCUUCUCAAGUGCCAUCCUUGCUUAGAAUGCUAGCUACCUACUUACAUCCCAUACACAUAAAAUUUGAAAGUUUGCACACUUUUUUGCC